AUGUCAGCUUUAUUCAAUUUAGAGUCUAUGAUAACAGUCAUAAUAUUAUGUAUUUGUACUUGUACAUAUUUAAAACCCAAAUUCCCUAAUAUUUUUGAUAAUAAGAAAAACGGAUUUUUAGGUACCUUAGGGAAGUUUGCAAUUAUUGGAGAUCGUUUAUCUGUAUAUGUUUCCUUAGCGUGUAUUAUUUUGGCAGUUGUUAAUUUAUUUUUGAGAUAA